AUGAAAACAUUCAUUAGCGAAAUAACACAAUUAAAAGGACUGCGAAAAUAUAGUCAAACCAAAUCUAUUCAAGCUAUGUUCCAUGAAUUAACGACAGAAUUUGAUAGUUGCGUAAAUAUGUUAAAUUUUAUUAAUACAGAUAACAUAAAAAGUCGUACAGAGCAUGAAAAAGAGAUCAUAGAUAAUGAUCUUGAAGAACUUAAUCAAUAUCUUCUCAAAAUUGGUGGUGGUAUUACUGAUGAAGAUAAUAACAUAAGUGAGACUGUCAAUGAAAUAAAUAUGGUCAAAAAACUCAUUUUGGAUUCAAGAACUAAUCGAGAGCAAAUCCAGGCAAUUAUUGAGGAUCAAAAUAAGCUGCUUAAACUUGAUGAUUUUAAAGAAACAGAUGAAAUGCGUGGAAAAAAAGUUAAAAAGUACAUUCGCCUAAAUGAUAACAAAUCCGUCGCUUUUAAAUACGUAACUGAUGAAUCAGAUACUACCAAUGCUAAGAAUGACAUUCGAAACCAUGUUGCUAUUCUUAUGAAGCUUAAAGACUAUUAUUCUGGGUUACCAAAAGAAUAUAAAGAAAUCUCUAGAAAAGCUGUUGGUGCUGAUCCCGAAUUUAGACCAACUUUAACAGAAAUGUUUAAAAUACUCAAAGAUCUUUUUGAGCCAUUAAAUCCUCCAACCUUAUCCUCUAAAAUACCUUAUAAAAUUAAGGAUGUUCCGCCCAUGUCACAUACCCACAAUGAUAACAAUAUCCAAGAUGAUAAUAUUCAAGUUACAGAGAUUAUCAACUUUGCUGAGUUUAAUUAUAUGACAGUGAAAGAAGCCACAUCAACUCAUCGUACUAAUAAUGGUAAUUUGGAGAUGGCAUUCAAAUGUUUAAAUGCAUAUGCAAAAUUAGAUGAAGAAUUAGGUGUGAAAUAUAUUAGAAGAGCGGCUCAGAAUAAUCAUUUAGAAGCUAUUGAAUUUUGUAAAAAAAAACAAUAUUUCCAUCAUUUAGAUGGUUAUGAUCCGUAG